GUCUGUAAUGUUACUGCUCAGGCCUUGAGCGAAAACCCUUGGUUCCAGGCGGUCGCGGUCGUGCGAAGCGCUGCCCAACUCUAAAUGUCUUCUGCUUGGCUGAGGAGAAGACAACCAAUGAAAGCCUGGCAUCCACCCCACAACUCCCCUGAUGGGUACUUAAUAGCCCACCUCCUCCCAACAUGAGCGCCUGUCAAGGCAUGUCCUGAUAAAGCCAUGCCAUAGCGCCUACAAUCAAACCGUUCCGAUCGUCGCAGAUGGUCAUUUCUACCACUACUCUCACCACCGUUACCAUGGCAGCGUCGCCUGUUCGCUCUUUCUCUGCCGACAAACACCGGCCACAGUGCGUCUCCCACGACGAAUACAUAGAACUGCGAAACGCCGAGGACAAGCAUCUGAAUGCUGAGCUCGCUUCCAUCCGAUGCUCCGUAGACGACGUCAAGCGGGAGUUGAAAGCCGACAUCAAGGUGCUCAGAGACGACGUCACGACCCAGAUACAAUACCUUGAGGCCGAGAUCCGCCGGUCUCAAGCUUUCACGCGGAACAAUGCCUUGAAGAAUCCAACACUCCCUAUCCGACCUGUUGUUGUGUAUCGCCCUGGAUAUGGCAUUCUCGAACCGGAACCCUCACGAUUUCCUCGAAACGCAAACGAGUUUUACUCUUUAAGGGACCCACAAACUGAUCGGCACCGGUCCAUGCUGGCCUACCUUGCCGUCUUCUACGACGUCCAACUCAGAAGUGCUGGUCAUUUGCCUGAAGAGGAAAGCAACAGCGACGAUAGUGACGACGACGAAAUCAUUCUCGAACACCCUGACCUCGUCGUGGAGAAGUUGGAAGACAUACUCGGCCUGAAUGAAGAUAAAAUUACCAAGUUCAAGGAGAGAGCUCUGCAGAUGGCAUCGCGAGCGCCAUCGAAACCCAUCAAACGCUCCCAAAUAUCCUGGCUUGAAGAUGGACCUAUUCCUGAUCCACGCCGACAAAGACUCGAAUUACGUAUUACUGCCGGGGAAGAGCCAUACUUUUAUGAUCCCGAACGCCCGAAGAGUGUUUCCUCUGAAGGCUUAACCAAUGCACAUGUUGGAUGGGGUACACGUUCGACGCCUUCCUCGCAACGCGCACGAUUACAGUGGUCUCCCAAGCUAGCGCGCCUGUCCGAACCAUCCAAACCUGAACCAGAGCGACCAAAGUCUGCGUCUAAGAGUACCGAGGCUGAGUCAACAGACACCGAUAACGAUACACACGUGUUUACGAACUCGCCGGAACGGUGA